AUGGCUGCACCCCUGCUCGCACCGCCAGGACCUGACAGCUUCAAAUACUUUACCCGGGAAUCUCUGGCUAACAUCGAGAAGCGCGUCACUGAGGAGAAAGCCAAGCCUCCGCCUAAGCCAGACAGCAGUUACCGCGACGAUGACGACGAGAACAAGCCCAAGCCCAACAGUGACCUGGAGGCGGGCAAAAACCUGCCGUUCAUCUACGGCGACAUACCUUCGGGAAUGGUGGCAACACCACUGGAGGACCUCGAUCCUUUCUACGUGAAUAAGAAAACAUUUAUAGUGCUCAACAGAGGGAAAACAAUCUUCCGCUUUAGUGCCACACCGUCGUUGUACAUGAUAAGUCCUUUUAAUAUUGUUAGGCGAAUAGCUAUUAAAAUUUUGAUACAUUCUUUAUUCAGCAUGAUCAUCAUGUGUACCAUUUUGACCAACUGUGUAUUCAUGACAUUUAGUAAUCCUCCCGAGUGGUCCAAACAAGUAGAGUACACAUUCACGGGCAUUUAUACAUUCGAAUCAGCUGUAAAAAUCAUUGCCCGUGGAUUCUGUAUAGAUGACUUCACAUUCCUAAGAGAUCCAUGGAACUGGCUGGAUUUCAUGGUCAUUUCAAUGGCAUAUGUAACAGAGUUUGUGGACCUGGGGAAUGUAUCUGCGCUGAGAACGUUCAGAGUUCUCCGAGCAUUGAAAACUAUCUCUGUCAUUCCAGGUCUGAAGACCAUUGUUGGAGCCUUGAUCCAGUCAGUGAAGAAGCUGUCAGAUGUGAUGAUCCUCACUGUAUUCUGCCUCAGCGUGUUUGCCCUAAUCGGCCUGCAGCUCUUCAUGGGGAACCUGCGGCAGAAGUGCGUCAUCUGGCCCAUCAACAUUACCGAAUCCUACCAAGGCAAUGGCAGCCGCGGCUUCGACUGGGAUGAAUACAUCAAGAAUGAGACCAAUUUUUACUUCAUCCCUGGCAGUCUAGACGCUCUUUUAUGUGGGAACAGCUCCGACUCUGGUCGUUGUCCUGAGGGCUACACAUGUAUGAAGGCUGGGCGGAAUCCUAACUAUGGCUACACCAGCUUCGACAGCUUUGGCUGGGCUUUCCUGGCUCUUUUCCGACUCAUGACGCAAGACUUCUGGGAGAACUUGUACCAGCUGACUCUGCGGGCAGCUGGAAAAACCUACAUGAUUUUCUUUGUGCUGGUGAUCUUUGUGGGUUCUUUUUACCUGGUGAAUCUGAUCCUGGCUGUGGUAGCCAUGGCCUACGAGGAGCAGAAUCAGGCCACCAUGGAGGAAGCUGAGCAGAAAGAGGCUGAAUUUAAAGCCAUGCUGGAACAGCUUAAGAAACAGCAAGAGGAAGCCCAGGCGAAUGCCAUGGCAACUUCAGCAGGCACAGUAUCGGAGGAUGCAGUGGAGGAUGAUGGUGGGGGGAACCUGUCAUGCAGCUCUUCGGAGAUGUCCAAGCUCAGCUCCAAGAGUGCCAAGGAGCGGCGGAACCGUAAGAAGAAGUGGAAGCAGAAAGAACAAGACAAAGAAAAGGGAGACAGUGAGAAAUUUGUUAAGUCUGAAUCAGAUGACGGCAGUAAGAGGAGUAGGUUCCGUUUCCCUGACAACCGUCUAGGUCGCAGGACCUCCAUCAUGAACCAGUCUCUCCUCAGCAUUCCUGCCUCACCCUUCUUGUCACGACAUAACAGCAAGAGCAGCAUCUUUAGCUUCAAGGGCCGCGGACGGGAUGCGGGGUCCGAGAACGAAUUUGCGGACGACGAGCACAGCACGGUGGAGGAGUGUGAGGAGCGACGCGGCUCGCUUUUUAGCCCAUACCGCCGCAGCAGCUACAGCAGCUACCACGGCAAGCGCAAUAGCACGGUGGACUGCAACGGGGUGGUGUCCCUGAUCGGGCCUGGGCCUGGAGGACGCCUUCUGCCUGAGGUGAUAAUAGAUAAGGCAGCUUCUGACGACAGCCCAACGACUGAUGUUGAGAUUAAGAAGAAACUCUCAGGUUCUCUAAUGGUUUCUAUGGACCAACUCAACGCUUCUUUUGGACGCAAAGAACGGGCAAACAGCGUCAUGAGCGUUAUCACCAACACAUUAGUAGAGGAACUGGAAGAAUCUCAAAGGAAGUGUCCGCCAUGUUGGUACAAAUUUGCAAACGUCUUUCUUAUCUGGGAGUGCUGCCCCAUCUGGCUGAAGAUCAAAGAGAUUGUGAACCUGAUUGUGAUGGACCCGUUUGUUGACUUGGCCAUCACCAUAUGUAUCGUCCUCAACACUCUCUUCAUGGCUAUGGAGCACUAUCCAAUGACUCCACACUUCGAGCACGUGUUGUCUGUGGGCAAUCUGGUGUUUACAGGAAUCUUCACUGCUGAAAUGUUUGCCAAGCUGGUUGCUAUGGACCCGUACUAUUACUUCCAGGAGGGCUGGAACAUCUUUGAUGGCUUUAUUGUGAGCCUGAGCUUGAUGGAACUUGGGUUGGCCAAUGUGGAAGGCCUUUCCGUGCUGAGAUCAUUCCGAUUGCUAAGAGUAUUCAAGCUGGCCAAGUCUUGGCCCACUCUGAACAUGCUGAUAAAGAUCAUUGGGAACUCAGUAGGAGCUCUGGGGAACUUGACUCUUGUGUUGGCCAUCAUCGUCUUCAUCUUCGCUGUGGUGGGCAUGCAGCUAUUUGGGAAGAGCUAUAAGGACUGCGUGUGUAAGAUUGCUCAGGACUGUGAGCUGCCACGCUGGCACAUGAAUGACUUCUUUCACUCCUUCUUGAUUGUAUUCCGUGUACUGUGUGGAGAGUGGAUUGAGACUAUGUGGGACUGCAUGGAGGUGGCAGGACAAGCCAUGUGUCUCAUCGUCUUUAUGAUGGUCAUGGUCAUUGGAAACUUAGUGGUGUUGAAUCUGUUCCUUGCCUUGCUACUGAGCUCCUUCAGUGCAGACAACCUUGCAGCUACUGAUGAUGAUGGAGAGAUGAAUAACCUACAAAUCGCUGUGAACCGCAUCAAGUUUGGCAUUGCUUGGGUCAAGGCCAAAGUGCGGCAGCUGGUGGGCAUCAUCCUCAGGAGAAAGGUCACAGACGAGGCCAAGCCCCUGGAUGAACUAUAUGACAGAAAGCUUAACUGCAUUGCCAACCACACAGGUGUGGACAUCAAUCGCGAUCUGGACUACCAGAAGAAUGGCAAUGGCACCACCAGUGGCAUAGGCAGCAGUGUGGGCAAAUACAUGAUCGAUGAAGACCACAUGUCUUUCAUCCACAACCCCAACCUGACUGUGUGUGUUCCCAUCGCUGUAGGAGAGUCAGACUUUGAGAAUCUGAACACUGAGGACUUCAGUAGCGAAUCAGAGGCUGAGGGCAGCAAAGAUGGGCUGGAUGACAGCAGUUCGUCAGAAGGCAGCACUAUAGAUAUUAAACCAGAGAUAGAGGAAGCUGUGGUAGUGGAAGCAGUGGAAGAGUAUUUGGACCCAGAGCCCUGCUGGACUGAAGCUUGUGUUGCACGCUACAAGUGCUGCGAUGUGUCCAUCACGGAAGGCUGGGGAAAAUACUGGUGGUAUCUCCGGAAGACCUGCUAUCUCAUUGUGGAACACAACUGGUUUGAAACCCUCAUCAUCUUCAUGAUUCUGCUUAGUAGUGGAGCCUUGGCCUUUGAAGAUGUGUACAUUGAGCAGAGGAAGACUAUUCGGAUCAUCCUGGAGUACGCUGACAGGGUGUUCACCUAUAUCUUUAUCCUGGAGAUGCUGCUUAAAUGGGUGGCUUAUGGCUUUGUGAAGUACUUCACCAAUGCCUGGUGCUGGCUGGACUUCUUCAUUGUGGAUGUGUCUAUAGUCAGCCUUAUAGCUAAUGCGCUGGGCUUCUCCGAUCUAGGGCCCAUUAAAUCACUCAGGACACUCAGGGCCCUGAGACCACUCAGAGCAUUGUCACGUUUUGAAGGGAUGAGGGUGGUAGUCAACGCCUUGGUGGGUGCCAUCCCUUCCAUUAUGAAUGUGUUGCUGGUUUGCCUCAUCUUUUGGCUGAUUUUCAGUAUCAUGGGAGUCAAUCUGUUCGCGGGCAAGUAUUAUUACUGUUACAAUGAAACUGCAGAGGAGUACUUCAAUCCAGAGGAGGUUGACAACAAAACCCAAUGCUUUGAGCUCAUCUAUCAGAAUUUCACUGAAGUACGCUGGAAGAACGUCAAGAUCAAUUUUGACAAUGUGGGUGCUGGCUACCUGGCUCUGCUUCAAGUGGCUACUUUCAAAGGUUGGAUGGACAUUAUGUAUGCAGCUGUUGACUCACGAGGGGUGGAGGACCAGCCCAUGUAUGAGGACAACAUCUACAUGUACAUUUACUUUGUCAUCUUCAUUAUUUUUGGCUCCUUUUUUACUCUUAACCUGUUCAUUGGUGUGAUCAUCGACAAUUUCAACCAGCAGAAGAAAAAGUUUGGAGGUCAGGAUAUCUUCAUGACAGAAGAACAAAAGAAGUACUACAACGCAAUGAAGAAACUAGGUUCAAAGAAACCACAGAAACCCAUUCCUAGACCCCAGAACAAGGUCCAGGGUAUGGUGUUUGACUUUGUGACGCAGCAGGUCUUUGACAUCUCCAUCAUGAUCCUCAUCUGUCUGAACAUGGUCACUAUGAUGGUGGAAACAGAUGAUCAGUCUGAUGAAACAGAGAACAUCUUGUACUGGGUCAACUUCAUCUUCAUCGUAAUCUUCACCUCUGAGUUUGUCCUCAAGCUCUUUGCCCUGCGCCAUUACUACUUCACCAAUGGCUGGAAUAUCUUUGAUUGCGUCGUGGUCAUUUUAUCUAUCGUAGGUAUGUUCCUGGCAGAUUUGAUUGAGAAGUACUUUGUGUCACCAACGUUGUUCAGGGUCAUUCGUCUGGCUCGAAUCGGCCGUAUCCUGCGUCUGAUCAAAGGGGCCAAGGGCAUCCGGACAUUGCUGUUUGCCCUGAUGAUGUCACUGCCAGCUCUGUUCAACAUAGGCCUGCUGCUUUUCCUAGUUAUGUUCAUCUUCUCCAUCUUUGGAAUGUCAAACUUUGCCUAUGUCAAACGUGAAGCCGGUAUCGAUGACAUGUACAACUUCGAAACCUUUGGGAAUAGCAUGAUCUGCCUGUUCAUGAUCACCACUUCUGCAGGGUGGGAUGGCCUGUUGGCUCCCAUUCUCAACUACCCUCCAGACUGUGACCCUGAUAAAGAGAACCCAGGCACCACAGUAAAGGGCAACUGUGGCAACCCUUCCGUGGGAAUCUUCUUCUUUGUCAUGUACAUCAUCGUCUCUUUCCUGAUCGUGGUAAACAUGUACAUUGCUAUCAUCCUGGAGAACUUCAGUGUGGCGACAGAAGAGAGCGCAGACCCGCUAUGUGAGGACGACUUUGAGUCUUUCUAUGAGAUCUGGGAGAAAUUUGACCCUACGGCCUCACAGUUCAUUGCAUUUGCCAAGCUGAGUGAUUUCGCCGACACUCUGGAGCACCCACUGAGGGUGCCGAAACCCAACACUAUAGAACUGAUCGCCAUGGACCUGCCCAUGGUGAGCGGAGACCGCAUCCACUGCCUGGACAUCCUGUUUGCCUUUACCAAGCGCGUUCUGGGUGACAGCGGCGACCUGGACAUGAUGCGCCAGCAGAUGGAGGAGCGCUUUAUCGCCUCCAAUCCUUCCAAGGUGUCCUUCGAGCCCAUCACCACGACUCUGCGUCGCAAGCAGGAGCACGUGUCUGCUCAGGUCAUCCAGCGGGCUUACCGUGCUCACCUGGUGCGCCGGGGCUUCAUCUGCAAACGGCUCCUUGGCAGCAGCAGGCUGGAGAACGGAGGGACCAACCAGGACAAGAAGGAGGGAACGCCCUCUACUGCCUCACUGCCCUCCUAUGACAGUGUGACCAAACCGGAGAAAGAGAAACUGGACGAGAGCGAAAGCAAAGGCAAGAAGGGUAAAAACCAAAAAGACGUCAAGGAAUCUAAGUGUUAGGAGUACAGCAGUGGUAAUAUAGCAAGAUGAGACAUAAUUGAGAUGAAACUCUGUAUCCGUUCUAACAAAUGUACAAAAAAAUCAUUUUCAAUGAAAACCCAGAAAAUCAGAAAAAAAAGUUGUUUACAGACAUUACAGAUGCACCAGUGAAGAGAAAGCAGCUUGGUUUUCUUACCACUUUGAAUACGACCAAACCAAACCAUAGUGAACUUGCUGUGUGGCUUCUGUGCUCACUGAUCAACAUUUUACUGCUCAAACAGCAGCCGCUGAGGCAAAAAUAACUGAAAACUCUAUGAAAGGCCCAUGGCAGACAUCUUCAAUAGGGACCACCUGCCAUAGGACCAAGCGGUAUACAGAGUAGAUGUUUUGAAGAUGGAUUCUUUUACACCACCAAGUGUGGAGUUAAGCAUUCCUCCACUAUGGAUUUACCCCUAACAAACACUACACUGCCGAAAUCCAGUGGACACCUCCCACUUGGUACAGGGAGGUUUCCAAAACGUUCUCAUUUGACCGUUGGAGAGGAACAGUUCUCAGCAGAGUUGACUGAAAUGAGUGGAGAUGCAGAGAAAAUGAAAAGAAAAAAAAGAAAGAAAAAACAAAACCCAGAACAUUAUGCAAGGGUUUUCAGUUGUAUGAUUAAUAUACUUGCAUCUUUACAUUAUUUGAUCAGCAAAAAAAGAAGGUUAAAAAAAGAAACGUUCAGCCCAUGUCACUAGUCUUUUCAUCAUCUCUUUGUUAUACUUACAUAAAAAAGACAUUUUUUUACAUGGGCUUUCACACUGCAAUUGGGUUGGGGUCAUUUAUCAGGGUUUCGAGUUGGGCUGAAAGGGACUUGUUCAGACCAGGUUCCAGAUAAAUAAGUAAUUAAUUGUGCUCGUUCAAUGCAUAGAAAUGACUUGCAUGGUGGCAUGUUUUGAUCAGAAUCAUGCAUGUGUAAUCAUAGUCCACUUGACACUUCUGCUCAGACCACGAAUGUGGCUUGAACAUAAGUUUGAGGCUGUCCACUGGUAAAACAUUUCAGUAAUUUCACUGGAAAGGGAAAAUUUGGUAAUAUUCAAAUAUUGGGUUUGACAAAUAGUGUAUUCGUACUUACCCCCUCAUCAGCAUUGCUUUGCAACUAACCAACUCUCACAUCAUGCAAAACUCUAGAUAGUUGAAGUCAGUGGAAUAUCAAAAGAUUUUUUUACAAUACACACUGCCCUAGACUUUAACUUAAGGAAAGAGUACUAUUUAGAAAUAGUGAAUUCAAAUCAAAUCUUGGGCAGACAAACCCUGAUUUGUUUUUAUUUCCACCAGCAAUAUGAUUUGGCCCUUAAUUUCUGGUCUUUUAUGUGCAAUCAAGGGUCUUUUUAACGAUAAACUUCAUAUAUUCAAUGGUUGCAGCAAGCCACAAUGCCAUUUGUAAUCUCUUACAAUGCUUUGUCUGUGAGUCGGGACCAGACCUCAGUUAGAGGUGACCUCUUUAACAUACAUUUUUUGUAGAGACAGUUAUUUGUUUUAAAGGUAAUACAUGCUCAUGGUGAUCAUAUCAGGGGUUGUCUGUUUUGUUAGAAAUGUUUUUGUCUUGGAGAAGAAGUAAAAAAGGAGAGCAGUUGGGUAGCAGUUUUGAAUGUGUCUACAGCUUUUCACCAGUUUUAGUGUUGUGGGGUAGCUUUCUGACUGUUGAUAGAAUGAUACAGUGAGUACUGUUUAGGGCAUAGACCUUAUCCAGCGUGCAUGCUAUGUACUUGAGGCCUGAAGCUCUUGUCUGAGAAGGCAGAAAUAUGCAGAUUCUUUUAAAUAAAGGUGAAGGACGCUUUAGUUGUCAGAUGUUAAGCGGUGCAUCUCGGCAAAGGAUCUAGCUGUGGAAAUCGGACAGUUCACCUGUUCUUUAAAUGCCAUUUGUUUUGAUAAAAAUGCCUAUAUGUCAACAUCAAGACACUACGUUUGGCACCUCUUGAGCAAACUGCCAUCUACUUUUGCUCUUGAUACGAAACAAAAAUCUUGGAAGAGAACAAAAUGUCUUCUCUAUCUCAGUAUUCUUUCUUUCUACAUUUCUGUUAAAGGAUUCCUGUCAUUAUGGCGUGGGCUGUCCGAGUGUGUGUCCAUAAGAAGUUACAGGGAAUUAGAGAACAAAUUUCACAGCUAAGAUCAGUAGUCAGGAGACCUUUCAUACUAAGGUCUUCAGAGAAAAAAAAAGG